AGCUUCGUGAUAAACAGGACUACUGACCCAGAGAAGACGAGCAAAAAUGGCCACCGCGUUUCGUUCUACCCGCCGACUUCUUGCAACAGCAGCUCUGGUGGUGCUGAUACAACUGCUCUCUAUCGGCACAACGUCGGCACAAACGACUGCAGCCCCCACCGCUGCACCGGUGACUGACAUUCGGUACGAAGUUGUGCUGACGUUUGAGGCCAUUUCCAUCUGGGCUACCAUCCUGAUGUUGACCAUGCUGGUGGCUGAUGCAAGCAUGAACUUCACCGCUGUGAAAUACGUGGCCAUUAUUGGUCCUAUCAUCAAUAUGCUGCUUUGCGCGGUCCCCAUGAUUUUGGCCCCGAUCUCACCUAACAACGGAUCCAAUCAGCAGGGUGGGUUCACCGUCAUCAUGGUCCAGUCUACCGUCUGUGCUGUUCUGAGUUUCUUCGCGGCAUUUUCCGGGUUUAAGGCCAGGCAGUACAUCGGUGAAUGUACUCCAACAAACGGAUACGGCAUGCCGCAGGGAACUCUGUCUCUGCUCUGCACCGUCGGGCUGAUGCCUGCCAUCGCUGGGACCUGCAUCUCUGCACUCAGCGUCGCGGAAGGUUACCAGUGGCCCGGUAUUAUCGUUGGCUCCAUCUUCACGGGUCUGAUGACGGCAAACAUCAUCUGGUAUACCACACGCGCUCUGACCGGGAAGAACAGAAUCGCCAAAGUUGGUGAGGGUACAAAUGAUGUCAGCAUGAAAGCUCAGUAUUAGUGAGACAAGAAGGUGACGAAGGAAAAGAGACGAAGAAACGAAGUCAACAUCCAUAGAUAUAUCGAUGCAGUAAUAUCGCCGCGCUCUCUCUGCGACCUAAAGUUUGCAACAUCGCUCAAAGAAUUCUAUAGCAAAGAAACGAAUCUUUUUACACUUUGCGUGUUGUGUUGUCUUCUCAGUCCCACUUUUACGUUUUGUAUGAUAUACCCAGUAUGAAAGCAAAGGUUAGGCAUAUCCUAUUUAGGUCGCAGUGAGAGCUCAGCGCGAUCGCCGUUUGGUGGAAAGGGGGCCUUUAGAUCUAUCACCCAUGAUCAUCACACAAUCUCCCACUGUCAGAGGUUGAUCUGGUCUCCUCCACUGGAGUCUGGGUACCAUCCGGAAUGUAGUUCGCUCCAGCGUUUAUAUACACUAUAUAGUCCCUAAGUGCCCCUGUAUAUUUUCUAAGUUAAAAUUUUUACCAGCACGUUCAUUCUAUCAUAGCAUACAUUUUUACACGGUCGUACCUUCGUGUUAAAUAUAAAGCCACUGUUGUAAAUAUAUGUAUGUAUGUAUCAUUGUUUUGGUAGUGCGUUGUACUAGAAUGAUAUGUACCCAUUAGCUAUUACAAUAAAAUUGAGCUACACUUUUCAAAAGACAUUGUAAAACAGAUGAAUAAACUUCACAUGCUUCAAAUG